AUGAAGAUCGUCACGACAUUUCACCAGUCUUCUUCUGUUCUAAGCUCCUUCAAAUGCCAACUUGGAACCAGAGAUACCGAACACCUCGUCGUUGCCAAACUCAACAGAUUAGAUGUCUACUCUCUAAAGCCCCAAGGACUUCACCAUGAAUGUGGCGUUGAGAUUUGGGGCAAAGUCCUCACGGUUAAAGCCAUCCCACAAAUUGGUUCGGCACGCUCAACGAUUGUUCUUAUGAUCGCUCACCCCGAUCCUGAACUCGUUUUCUUUACGUAUAUUGACCGUCAGGGAGACAAUCCAGCAUUGGAGGUUUCAAAGAAACUGUCAUUGUUUGAGCGCAUAGCACGCCCCGCCGAGUUCUUCAAUGACGUUCUCGUCCACCCUUCGGGAAAGUUGGCCCUUGUCAGCUGCUACAGCGGAAAGCUCAAGAUCAUCCGUUUGAAGUGCGGAACAUAUGACAAGGAUUACGACGUUCAGUUACCCGAGGUAAAUGUGUUCUCGGUCACUUUUCUUUCAUCUUUCAACGGCGAGUACGCCGUGGCAAUUUUAUACCUCGACUAUCAAGAACGCGUUCAACUCGUUGCUCGAGAUAUUCUGGUCAAUGGAGACGAUAUCACCGUUUCAGAGGAGCCAUCAACCCUGCUGCACCCAACACCUAUUUCGAAUAAAACGCUUCCAUUCCCUACAGAGUCUGUGCCACAGCUAGUUUCUGUGCCUCCCGAAGAGCUGGACGAAGACACGGACGUUGAUGACGCAUUUCUCGGUGGAGUCUUGGUCGUAGGGGGAAGGCAGAUCCUCUUAUUUGAGCUCUCGUCAGAAAAGAGCCAGGAGAAGCAAAGAGGAAAAAGAAAGAGACUGGAGAGCAGAAAGUCAAGUAAGGAUGUGACGGAGAUAGCCAAAGCGCGGGAAAAAGAAAAAGAGAGGGAAGGAAGACGACGGAAACCAAAAUCAAGCAUCGAAUGGCCGUUUAGUGAAUUAGCAGCUUGGUGUGCAAUUGAUAAAGCGCCAUAUCGGUACCUUAUUGGUGACUCUUUCGGGAGGCUUUCGAUACUAUCCUUAGAUAAAGUACAAAGGAUCGGUCUCGUUCUGAUUCCUUUUGGAGAGGCUUCCUCACCCACGUCGCUGACGUACCUGACAAAUCAGUUGGUCUACGUUGGGUCACACUCUGGUGACUCGCAACUCAUACGUCUUUCGCCUCUACCAAUUUCCUCGAGCGAAUCUCCCACCCUUCCAAUACCCCCUGAGAUCAAAACGGUGUCUCCCAACCUUCUCGAAGCACUUGGGCACAGAAAAGGCAAGAGUAAAAGCGUUGCAGAGGACCACAUGGACGAAGAUCACGACGAUGAAGAUGAUGCUUCGCAAGGCUACAUUGUGGAGACACAUGGCUCAUUUAUUGAGGUGUUGUCUUCUUACAAGAACCUUGCGCCUAUUCUAGAUGCCAUAUUAGUGGACACAGAUGGUAGCGGUCAGCAACACAUUGUGACAUGCUCCGGUGCUCGGAGCACCGGCUCCAUAAACAUUGUAAGGAACGGCGCGGACUUUCAGGAAAUCGGUCAUGUUCCCGGUCUUACUGGCGUGGUUGGAGUCUGGUCUGUUCGUACCAUGCUGGAAGAUACGACCGACAGAUACAUUUUAGUGUCCACAAAUCGUAGCACCCACCUUUUUGAAAUUGAUGACAGUGGCUCUACCAGCACCAUCACACCAGUCGACAGUACCACCAUUCGGAGCCUGGUGACCACGGAGGCGACCCUUGCAUUUUCGAAUCUUGCUAGACGGUCCUCUGUUGGCGGCUCAUCAGUUUACAAGAAUUCGCCCCUUGCGGUCCAGGUGGUAGCUAGUGGCGCAAGGCUGCUGAAAUCAAAUACAGCUUUUGGAGGCUAUGAGCUUGUUGCUCAAUACUCAAUGCUAUCCAGUGUCCCCUACGGCCAGAGACCCCUCGAAGUAGUUGCUGCCAGUGCAAAUGCCAGUCAACUCGUGAUGGCGGCCAGUGGAGGGAAGCUUACUUUGUGGAGACUUGGGGAGAAUGUUGACGCCCUUGAGAUGAUCGCUGGGUGCCAGAGGAAGGAGGGACCCGAGAUAUCUGCUGUUUCGUGUGCUCCACUGAACACUACCAAGCGAACAUCACCGACAAUUAUCGUCUCGUACUGGCAAAGCAAUACCAUUGAAAUAUUACAGGUCUCACUGAAGGGUCUUGAGUCGGUAUACAAAUCUCCGACUUUGCCGGCUCUGGUCCGCUCGGUUUUGUUGUACAAUUUCGGGUCGGAUACGAACCCUAAGGGGACAGAUCACCAUCCUUAUCUCCUCGCUGGACUUGCUAAUGGUACAGUUGCAUCCUUCCGAUGGAAGGAUAAGCAGUUGACGGACAAGAAAAUCAUUCCUCUGGGACACGCCCCUGUCAAUUUGAUGCCUUGCCAGGUGGAAGGCAGACACGCUGUAUUCGCCGCAGGGAAUCGAGCGACUGUCCUUUCGUUUGAGAAUAAGCGCCUGGUUCACUCGCCAAUCAUGCUCAAGGACAUCUCUUCUGCGGCGCGUUUGAACACUCCAACGUUUGCAUCAUCCUUGAUUCUGUCUACGCCAACGGGACUUUUCAUCGGUCGGGUACAGGGUCUAGGGAAGCUGCAUAUACGCAGUAUCCCAUUUGGAUUUGAUAAUCCUCGCAAAAUAGCACAUGAACCUUCAAUCAAGGCUUUCGGAGUUGCUUUCACGACUAUGGAACCCAACAGGGUUAACGAUCCCGAAAUAUCAAGGAGUUCCUUCAAACUUUUGGACGAUACAUCCUUCGCUAAUCUCUGCCAGUUCAAUUGCGACCCUGACGAGGAGACGACGGCCGUCGUAUCUUUCUCUCAAAAGAUAGCAGGAAAACCCAUGCCCUUCUUCUGUGUUGGGACUUACGUCUAUAAAGCAGGCGAGGUGGAGCCCUCAGCAGGCCGUCUUAUGAUCUUUACUGCAACAACUUCAACCUCCUCCAACCUAGCACUCUCUUUGAUGGCGUCCACAAAGGUUCCGGGCUGCGUAUAUGCACUCACGGUUGUACAAAACCAGAUUGUGGCCGCAGUCAACUCUUCGGUGAUGUUAUUCAGGCUGGAGAGCUCCUCUGAUUCUUUGUCCCCUUCUCUCAUUAAAGUGUCGGAGUGGCAUCAUAACUAUCUCGUCACAAGCCUCGGAUCUUAUGCUGACAGGGUGGUCGUUGGGGACCAGCCCAGCUCAAUAUCGUUACUGCAAGUCACUCAGUCCAAAUUGAUUUCCCAGGCAAGGGAUUACGGGCCUUUGUGGCCCGUUUGUGUGGAAGCUUUGGACGAAAGACACAUUAUCGGCGCUAAUGAUUCCUUGAACCUUUUUACCUUCUCGUUGGAAAAGGCGAUGGGAAGGUCGCGUCUUGAGCGUGAUGGGUGUUACCAUGUCGCGGACCUGGUCACAAAGUUUUUGCGCGGCUCUCUUUCCUCCUCGGACGCGUCAACCACGUCUCCCCUUACAUCCGAAGCCAUGUUUUUUACAUCGUCUGGGCGCAUUGGGGUUGUUGUCGAUGUGAAGGACGAAGAGCUUUCCUUGCAGUUGACAAAUAUGCAACGGAACCUGGCGAAUGUCAUACAGGGUGUCGGAGGUUCCAGCCACUCAAAAUAUCGAGCUCCUAAAACGACGAGGGGUACGAGCGACGCUGAUUCAGGCGCCAUUGGGUUCCUGGACGGCGACUUUUUGGAACAAUUCUUGACCCAUGUGCUUUCGCCUCAGCAGUCAGAAAAGGUGAUACAAGGACAGAGUCCCCCCGAACGACUGACGAUCACCCGGGAAGCGUUACAAAUGGUGAUUGAGGAUUUGCAGAGUUUGCACUAA